AUGGCAGAUCCUAAGGCAUCUUCUUCUUCAGCUUCAGUUGUAGACGAAAUGACAACAACCUCCAUGUUAACCUCACCUCUAAGCAAUACACUUCCAACUGUUUCUGUAAAACUAGGAGAAAGAAACUAUGCAUACUGGAAAUCUCAGGUACUUCCAGCCUUGAAAGCUUAUGAUUUGGAAGGUUUCGUAACAAGUGAAAAAUCAUGUCCCUUAUCCUUUUUCCUUAUUGAUGAAUCCAAAAGAGAAGUAAAUUCUGAACAUAUAAUGUGGAAGAAAGUUGAUCAGUUCUUGUUUGAGAUGCAUUUUCUUACUGAUUCUAAGGCUAGAGUGUUGCAUUUACGAAAUCAAUUACAAACAACUAGGAAGGAUAACUCAAGUAUAAACGACUAUAUGUUAAAGAUGAAAGAAAUUGCUGGCUUCUUAACCACCAGUGGCGUAACUGUUAGUGAUGAAGAGCUACUGCUUUACAUUCUUGAUGGUCUUGGCUCUGAAUAUGAUGCCAUGGUUGCCACCUUAACGUCAAGAAGCAGCAAAGUAUUUCUACAAGAAGCGCAGUUUCUACUGCACAAACAUGAAAUGAGGCUAGAAAAGUAA